UCCCUCCCUCUCCUUCUCUCUCUCCAUACUUCAACGUCUGGAGUCAAGUUCAGCAUAGAAUCUCGGAACUCCAAACAGCCGUUGGUUGAUCUUGAUUCUGUUUUUUCUGGAAUCAAAUUGCAUGUAGAAAACAAACUUUCCUUUUCCACCUUCACUGUCAAGUUGGUGGCUGUCACUCACUCUGUAUCUAUCAAUAUCAUCAUCAACCAUCAACUCUUUUUUCCUGUCAUUUCCGUCAUCAAAAAGACUAAACCUGAAGUGGGUUCAUAUUCUUUUGCCAACUCAAUCCCAUUAAGACAUUACAAAGUUGGGUUUUGUUUAUCCUUGAACUACACAACUGGGUUUUCGGAAAUUCUUUGUAGAUUGUUAGGUGUUUGUGUUUAACAGAGAUAUUAAGAGGAAAACAAUGUUGAGCUUUAAGGAGUUUUGUACAACGAAAACGUUGUUUGCUCUUGGGUUGGGACAGUUUCUCUCUCUUCUUAUUACUUCUACUGGAUUUUCAUCCUCUGAACUUUGUAGAAGAGGAAUUAAUGCACCGACUUCUCAGUCUUUUCUCAACUACGUUUUCUUGGCCAUUGUUUAUGGAAGUAUUAUGCUUUACCGGAAGCAAGCACUUAAGGCAAAAUGGUUCUACUAUGCGAUUCUUUCAUUGGUGGAUGUAGAAGCCAAUUUUCUUGUGGUGAAGGCCUAUCAGUACACAUCGAUCACAAGUGUCAUGCUGCUGGACUGUUGGUCGAUCCCUUGUGUUAUGGUUCUUACAUGGUUUUUCUUGAGCACAAAGUACAGGUUCAAGAAAAUAGCUGGAGUAGUAGUUUGUGUUGCAGGCCUUGUUAUGGUUGUUUUUUCAGAUGUUCAUGCUGGUGAUCGAUCAGGAGGGAGCAACCCUCGUAAAGGAGAUGCUAUUGUUAUUGCUGGUGCAACGCUGUAUGCUAUCAGUAAUUCCAGUGAGGAGUUUCUUGUGAAAAAAGCUGAUAGAGUUGAGCUCAUGUCGCUUCUAGGCUUUUUUGGUGCCAUAAUCAGUGCCAUUCAAAUAAGUAUUCUGGAGCGCAACGAAGUUAAAUCUAUUCACUGGUCAGCUGGGGCAGCUCUUCCGUUCUUUGGAUUUGCAGUGGCAAUGUUCCUGUUCUACUCAUUAGUCCCGAUCCUGCUUAAGAUUAGUGGUUCCACAAUGCUCAACUUGUCUUUGCUGACAUCAGACAUGUGGGCUGUCAUGAUUCGCAUCUUUGCUUACCAUGAGAAGGUUGAUUGGAUGUACUUUUUGGCCCUCGCUGCUGUUGCUGUUGGGCUGGUCGUUUAUUCAGGGGGUGACAAGGAAGAGGAUCAACACUGUGCUUAUGUUGUUGAUGAAGACGCUGAGGGUAGCAGUAAACAUUUUGAUGAGGAGGCUUGUUCUGGAAACCGCAGUCAAAAAACUAUACUUGGGAGCUCAAAAACCGGGGAUAGUAGCAAGCGUGAUCUUGCUAGCACCGGCAUUGGAGAUGGGCAAGACAUUGAGAACAAGAAUGUGGGAAAAGAUGUAUGGGGGAAGAAAUCAUAGUUAGGCAUCAGAGGAAGAAAUGAAAUUGAGAACAUAGGAAAAGUUGCAGGGGCUAGAAAUCACGACUUAGGAUCUGCUUUCAGGAUGAGAAAGGGCACUCGUCUCACUGCUGCUCCAAAACACUGUAGAUGUCAGCUAAGUUGGGGUGUUGGAUAGCGGAAAUGAGGGGGACAAUCAACAAUCAAUAAUCAAUUUACAGCUUCUAAGUAUUUUUUUUAAUGCAUAAUUGCAGUUCUUCAUUUUAUGUUGUAUGACACUGUGAUCACCAGUCAUUUAAUUUUUUGAAGUAUAUUUUUAACCUUUCUUAAUA